UGUAGGGUUACGUUCUAAUGUCAACCGGAAGUAUUAAAAAUAAACCGAGCAUCACUAAAUUUUUACUUUUUUUCAAAACCCGCUGAAGAUUUAGCUUACCUGCAUCGAAACAAUGUUUGAAAAAACUGGGUAACCAUGGGCUGCAAGUUUACCAAACAGUUUCACAGCGAAAGAAAUCCACGUCUGUUUAAGGUGUACAAUGUCAACAAUCUGGGAGCAGUCAUCAGUCCAGGCAAGAUCGAAGUCACAGACUUGGACUUGAUCUUUUAUCAGAGAAGAAAGGAGCCUAUCACAUGGCCACUGAGAUGCUUGAGGCGGUAUGGCUUUGACGAGGACCUGUUCUCAUUUGAAAGCGGACGGAGGUGUCCCACUGGUUCGGGGAUAUACGCUUUUCGCUGCCAUCAAGCAGAGGAAUUGUUCAAUCUAGUCCAAGAAGCAAUACAAAACGUUGGUGCCAGUGCACUGGGUAAUCUGCGAUCAAGUCUACACCUGCAGAAUGGCAUCUCAGUGCCCAUGACUCAGCUGCAAAGCCGGCCUGUUUCGUUGGUAGACACUCAGACAGCAAACCGUCUCCCCGACCUAAGGCGCGGUAAUGAAGUCUCGCAGGAUCAGCACUUAUAUCUGAAUAGUGGCGCAUUUACUCCAGACGAAAAUGGUCCUAACUAUGUAAACACUGGAGCUAGUAAUGCAGAGGGAAGAAAUGAGGAGGCAGUUGAUCAGGCUGCAGCAUUGAUCGAUUUCCUUCACGAUCCCCCUAUGGCAGUUGCCCCUCCCCCUCCUAAACCAGAGAGUGUGAAUUAUGCUGACCUAGACCUGCCUGGGUCGAUGGAAAAUGUUUUCGAGGCCUGUGCGGGUGCAACUGGCGUUUCCAGCAGUAUGGGUCAAGGCCAUGGGAGUUCUGGGUCGAGCGGACAAGAAGGGCUCGAAGUUGACGACGUGAAUCUUAAUUAUGCAGAUAUUGACGUUUUUCAUGACCACGUGGAGGACUCGCAUCCGAAUUAUAUUAACCUUGACUCUGAGGGUAAAAUCAAAGAUAAGACAGUUAGCUGUGGAAAAGUUGAACCUCCUAUUGCAAGGGUACCUAAUGGCACUGCUGGACAAACUGACGCGGCUGUGAAUCGCCGACUUUUGGAGAGAAAACUUAGCAUUGAGCAAAAUUAUGCAAAUGUGGGGGCUGCAAGCUUUACUAAUAUCCCUGAGCCGAAUCCAGUCAUUAGGAUUAGCAUGAACCCCAAUGGUCCAGCUAUGAACAGUGUGCCGAAUAGGGCUGCCAAUAGACUGUCUGCUCCUGACCAGUUAAAUUAUAUUGAGAUUGACGUGAAUAAAACAGAAAGUGAUAACAUGGCGGGUAGUGCCUCUUCCAAUAUUAUGACAACAUCUUUUACAACUCCAGAUUCACCGUGCAAGAGUUCUGCUAGUUAUGCCAUGAUUGAUUUCAAUCGUACGGUGGCGCUGUCAAACUCAGCUAAGCCAGUCAGUGAACAUGAAGAGGGUUUGCGUAAAACUCGACAUAACAGCACGAUAAACUGAAAUGCUUACAGAGUAUACAGUUUAUCUGUAUUUAAAUGUGCAAUCAUAGUUUUUGUACUGACACAAAACUGGAAAUUUGUAAAAGAGACUUAAGAUUUACAUGUUUUUAUGUCCCCCACUAUAGUAGUGGGAGACAUAUUGUUUUUGCCCUGUCUGUCUGUUGGUCCGUUGGUCUGUUUGCGCCAACUUAAACAUUUUGCAAUAACUUUUGCUAUAUUGAAGAUAGCAACUUCAUAUUUGGCAUGCAUAUGUAUCUCAUGAAGCUGCACAUUUUGAGUGGUGAAAGGUCAAGGUCAGAGGUCAAAUAUAUGUGGCCAAAAUCGCUCACUUUAUGAAUUCUUUUGCAAUAUUGAAGAUAGCAACUUGAUAUUUGGCAUGCAUGUGUAUCUCAUGGAGCUGCACAUUUUGAGUGGUGAAAGGUCAAGGUCAUCCUUCAAGGUCAGAGGUCAAAUAUAUGUGGCCCAAAUCGCUUAUUUUAUGAAUUCUUUUGCAAUAUUGAAGAUAGCAACUUGAUAUUUGGCAUGCAUGUGUAUCUCAUGGAGCUGCACAUUUUGAGUGGUGUAAGGUCAAGGUCAUCCUUCACAAGGUCAAGGUCAUCCUUCAAGGUCAAACAUCAUAUAGGGGGACAUUGUGUUUCACAAACGCAUCUUGUUUAUUAUUGUCUUAAAAUCUAAUUUUCAAUUUACUGACGAAAAGCAUUGCAAACCCUUUAUUAUUUAUUAAAAUUAUUUGUUUAAUCCAAAAACAAACAAACUCAUGUCUAAUAUAUUCCUUAGUCACGAGUGUGGUUUCAAUUAUUUGUAAAUAUAAAAGUGCACUUUCUUUAAAGAAUCUUUGAUAAGAGUUGCGAAAGUUGCCAUUUUGCCAACUUGUGAAGAGACCCUAUGUAUUAACUGAAAAUGUAUUUUACAUGAUUUCUGUGUCUUUCUUGUUCAUUGAAUGAUAUUGUAUUAGUGUGUUGUUGUUUGUGAGAAGGUUAUCUAUUUUGUAGAUGUAUUAACGGGUUCCUUGUGAUAACUUGAAGUUUGUUAUGAUAACUGUGUUAACAUUUGAUUUUUAAUGCAAUAUUCUAAACGACUGUUUCACAGUUGGUGUUUAUGCAAGACAAAUUAGUUUAAAAAAAAACAAAACUUAUUUAUAUUUUCAACAGAAACAACUCUCCAUAUGACCACAUGAAAUAUUUUUGAAUGUGUAAUUGCCUUUAUAAUUAUGUUUCCAAGUGGUUGUUUCCAAAGCAUAUUUAAACAUGGUUUUGAAAUAAACUUGUUUGUAGCUGAGAUUUAAUAUGUUCUCCUGUAAUUAAUCAAGCAGAUUUCUGCUUUGUAAGUUAUUAUUGUUUUGUGAGGUUGUGAGUUGUGAUGAAAAUACUGAUGUACCCAAGAUUUGUUCUUACAUGUAUGUAUAAUUGUAAUGGGACAGAUGUCACAGGUUACUGGACUUUGUAUGCCCCUACAAAUAAGGAGGCAUCAAGGAGCAGUUAAUGGCAUUAACUCUUUCCCACUCGGAGGCAAAGUGAUACUGGCUAUGGGCAAACAGCAUAAAACCAGACCAGCCUGCGAGUAACUCGCAGUCUGUUCAGGUUUUAUGCUGUUUGCUGCUCAUCAGUAUCUAAGGGUCAGAAAUUAAGCCUUUAAAACAUGAAUCUAGUAAGACAGGUCUUUAAAUUUAACUUUUUAAAGGACAAGUGCAUCAAAAUACAAUAUGUAAGUGGUAAAGGGUUAAGUCAAGACAGUGCUCUUUAUCUUGUGGGUGGAUCUCGCUCAUACAUUCAGUUCUCUGACCUUAAUGUGUAGAUGAUAGUAAAGCAUGAAUUCUUUCUGCAACUACUUGUUGCAGAAUUAUUGCUCCUUUACUCUGCUAUGAAAGAUAUCAUCCCAAAUUUUGUGUUAUCAACUGGUGCUUGACGGUGUUAAUUCAAAAUUAGAAUGCUGAAUGACCUUAUGUGUGGAUGAUCAUCAAGGAAGAUAAUUUGGUUGUUGCAAAUAUUGACAGAAUUAUUACCCUUUGUUUUUGUCCACUGGGACAUCAGUGUCUAGUUUGUACUAAAAUUAUUACAAAGACUUACUGUAUAUCAGUAAUUAAGGUACGGAUGUUCAGUUCUUUUGAAACUAUUUGUAUAGUGUUGUACAUUAGACAUGUACAAUAUUCUGGUUAAUUACAUGACAGAGGCAGAUUUGUGAUAACAUUGGGGUAUAUUUAAGAACAUGUGUUGUGAAAGUUAAUUAUAUGCGCAGUAUUAAAAUGGCAACUUCUUUGACUCAAUUUUUAUUUUUAUUUUACACGGUUGAUGUUGACACUGUUUUUGGUUGCUACUUAUUGCUUGUUUUUCUGCUUUUAAUGGUUGUGUUAUUUAUGUUGAUUUGUGUAUCAGCCAUAUGUUGUUCAAUUAAGAUGCAAUAUAUUUUAUUUUAUUUAUCUGUA